AUGCCGCUUCCAGAUUUCACCUCCCCGGCCGUCUUCCCUGCGUUCGCCAAUCUCCCUCUCGGAUCCAACAUCCCCCCUCCGCCCUCCAAGACGUCCAACGACCCGCCACCCUACGCCCCGGGCGACGCGCCCGACGCCUCGGCGCCGCCUACGUACACCCCCGUGCCCGCCACGACGACGCACUUUCUCCUGGCCGAGGUCAAGCAGAACAUGACCAUCACCAAGCCGACGCUGAUCGCGACAGACCGCGCGGGGGCCGACUUUGCCAUCACGUUUGAGGACCGCGGCAUCGACCUCCGCCCCGUCAAGAGCGGCUGGACCGUCGUGGUGCCGGGCGCCACGCGCACGAGCCCGGCCGAGGGCAAGCGCGGCUUCGUGCGCGUCGGCGAGGGCCGCGGCACGGGCGUGCACUACCUGCCGGCGGGGCUCGAGAGGGUGCUGGACCUCGGGCGGCAGCUCGGCGAGGCGGCGCGCGGGGGCGAGGCGGCCGUCUGCGCGGGGUGCGAGAAGGAGGAGACGGAGGGGGAUGCGCUCAUGCGAUGCACGGGCUGUGGGCGCGCGAGGUAUUGCAGCAAGGUGUGUCAGAAGAAGGACUGGGGGGAGGGUGGGCACAAGGUGGACUGCAAGGUGUUCAAGGCCAUGGCCGUCACUUGGGGGGCGUGA